AUGAAGUCCAUUGCGGUUUCCCUAGUGAUUGUCGCCGAGCGUGUUCCUUCUCCGCGCUGCGUUCCGCGUUCCGCGCGACUCUGGCCCGUGGCACUCCGCGUCCACCCCGCCUUGCCCCCGGGAACGCGCCCCUUGGCGAGCGUUACAGUAACGAGCGAACGUAAUAGAAUACCCUUGCCUCGCGCGGGCCUACUCUCCUCCGCCCACUCGCUAGCCGCCGCUUCCCCCUUCCGCACCGACUGCUGCGCCGCUCCGCCAAGCGCAGCGCGCGCUCCCCCCGGCAGGCGGAGGGCUUGGCGCGCAGCGGCUGCAGGGGGCGCGGGCGAGGCGGAUGCGGGGACGGCGCCGCUGGUGACCACUGCGGGCGAUGGCGCAGUGAGGGCGGUGUCUGCAACACGCUUCGGUCUCUUCCGCUCACCUGUGUCAUGCGGUGUAGAGAGCGCCACCAGCGCCCACGGGCUGCCAAUGGCGCUCUCAAGUGUUGCAGCGUCGAUCUUUCCCCACACCCUCCCCUUUCAGUGUUUGCAACACGGUCAGGCCUUUUCCGCUCGCCAGUAUGCGGGGGGGGUAGAGAGCGCAACGAGCGCCCACGGGCUGCCAGCCCCAGCAGUGGCAGUGCGCAAUCUGGUGGAGCAGGCGCAGUACGCACAGCGCAGCUCUGCUCCAUCAUGCCCCACUCGCACCACCGCCGCACGGGGUAUCCCCCGGGGUCACUUGUUGCGGGCAUGGAAUGGGAAAGUGGGUAAGCGGGAAGGGGGGAGAGAGAGGGGGGGGGUGGGAGGGGAGGUGGGGAAGGGGGAGGGGUGGGUGAGCGAGGUUGGAGCGGGGGUGGGAGUGAAUGUGCACGGGGAACGAGCGAGGAAGACAACUCCCACCUCCUUCACCACCUGCACUUUUCCAACUGCUCCACAAUUCUGCCCUCGUGCCCAUGCACUCGGCUCUUCCCUCUCGCUCACAGGUGCGCAAGGCGGCCAAGGGUGGGGAGGCCCCAUCGCCGCCAUCCAACGCUUCGAUGCCCCUGUCGGGUCAGUGCCCCCGCCGUCCACCCUACGCGCUCCUGCUGCUGCCCCGCUCGCUCAUUACUUCACUCAGCUCAUGCUGCUGCACGCUCUCUUACCACCCCUCAAACCGCAUGUGCUCCAAAGAUCCCUGCCACGCCUUCACCUUCCCCCUUUUUCCUCUCUCUCUCUCUUCCUCUCCCCUCCUCUUCCUUCCCCUCCACUCCCCUCCAUUACCCCUCUCAUCUCAACCCCCCUCUCCCCCCACCAGGCGAUGGAGAUAGAGAACGGGGUGUUCCUGGGGCCGGUGGGCUACCUCACCUUGCAGGGCCCCAUGGGCUUCACUGCUCGCCGCCUCGCCUUCACCUUCCACACACUCACCCUCAACCUCGGCCCGCUGCCGCCCUUCCAGGUCAGCCUGCCGUCCUUCCAGGUCAGCAUGCCGCCCUUCCAUACCAGCCUGCCGCCCCUCCAGAUCAGCAUGCCACCCUUCCAGGUCACCUGCGUCUUCCAGGUCAGCCAGCCGCCCUUCCAGGUCAGCCUACGCCCUUCCAGUCCUCCCCUUUCCCAUGGCACACGCUUCUCCUCCUCGGCCACAUGGCAGGGGGAGAUAGGCGGCGAGGAGGACAAGGGGAGGGUGCAAGGGGAGGGCAAGGCGGGCAGCAGGGACCCGUUCUUCACCUGGUUCUACGUAGACGAUUGCAUCGCUGCUGCCAGGGGCAGAGGCGGCGGUGCUGCUUCAGUCGGGCAACUUCAGUCGGUCGGGCAACUUCAGUCGGUCAACUUCAGUCGGUCGGGCAACUCUUUCCUCCCCUCCUUCAGUGUCCGCCACGCGUUCAGGUCUCUUGCGCUCACCUGUCUCAAGGGGAGUGGAGAGCGCAUCAGCGCCCACGGGCUGCCGGCCCAGCGCUGUGGUAGCAAGCAGUGCGCAGCCUGGUGGAGCGGGCGCAGCACGCGCAGCGCAGCUCUUCUCCAUCAUGCCCCGCUCGCACCACCUCCGCAAAAGACCUCGUGUUCCUGCUCUCCCCUCUCGGCAUGCACUCGCGCAACCUCCACUCGGACCCGGGGUGGAGCGGCCUUGCCAAUGCCCGCACCACCAUUUUUGGAGAUCUCUGCUCCUGCCGGCCAGCCAGCAGGUAACUUGCUACUUGAUGCCAGGUACCAGGCACAGCACACGGGGUGGAACGAGCAGCAGCAGCAGCAGCAGCAGCGGCAGCAGCAGCAGCAGCAGCAGCAGCAGCAGCAGCAGCAGCAGCAGCAGCAGCAGCACCAGCACCAGCACCAGCACCGUGGUGGUGCAGAUUCGGGGGUGGAGCGGCCUUGCCAACGCACGUGCCACCAUCUUUGGAGUUCUCUACCCCCCCCCGCCUCCGCCCAGCCAGCAGGUGCGAUUUCCACUCCUGCCGUGCCGCCCAGAUAG